GUCACGGAUGCCGUUUUCUGCUUCGCGGAACAAGUUAUCUGACUAGGAUUUUCUUGACCCAUAUUUAUAUCAUUACAUCCUUUAAGUGUGAUCACAAAUCGCCCUUGCUCCAUUACGGACCUUACCAGUAGAUUGUAAGCAAGAGAAAGUUUCACGGGUGUCAUUGUGUUAAAUAAUGUUUAAAAAAAAAGAUUUCUAUGAUAUCAUGUGGCUAUUUUAUGCUAGCUAGAAAGUCCAAAUGCGGCCCUCCAGCACCCACUUUGCAGCCCGCGAAGUAACGAAAUAUUCUUUAUAUAUUAAUAUUAUUUUCUUAAUAGCUUUCCGCCCUUCCUACAAUAUUUCGGCCCGCACAAGUUUUUCAUAAAGUAUUACGGCCCGCACAAGUAUUUCAUAAAGUAUUACGGCCCGCCCCACAUUUUGAGUUGUGCAGGCCUGUACUGUGAUGUCACUGUGUUAAUUUGUGUUGACUAGCAGUCUCUAUGAUGUCACUGUGUUAAUUUGUGUGGACUAGAAAGUUACUAGGAACUCUAUGAUUUCAGUGAGUUAAAUUGUGCUGACUAGGAGCUCUAUGAUAUCAUUGUAUGAAUGUAUGUUGACUAGGUGCUCUAUGAUGUCACUGUGUUAAUUUGUGUUGCCUAGGAACUCUGUAACAUUACUGUAUUAAUUUGUGUUGACUAUAGGAACUCUGUAAUAUUACUGUCUUAAUUUGUGUUGACUUUAGGAACUCUGUAACAUUACUGUAUUAAUUUGUGUCGACUAGGAACUCUUUAACAUCACUGUAUAAAUUUGUGUUGACCAUAGGAGCUCUGUGACAUUACUGUAUUAAUUGCUGUUGACUAGGAGCUCUAGCGACACUCUUAUUUAUAACGAGUCCACUCACUGAGUAGACAUAAGUUGGUGGCACGUAAAGUAUGAGCCCAAUGUUCUAAUUCUAUGAUCAUGGUACGCAGGCUAGAGUUCGGGAUAAUGAAGAGACGUCAAAACCUUUCCCUGUAACAACCAGCUUGAGACAAGGCUGUGCGUACUUGCCCCAACACUAUUCAGUCUCAUGUAUUCCGCAAUGCUGACCGAUGCCUUCAGAGAGAGAGAAGCUGGUAUUGGCCUCAGAUACCGAACUGACGGUAAUCUAUUUAACACCAAGAGGCUACAUGCUAAAACGAAGGUCCUGAAAGACACCAUCAGGGACCUCCUGUAUGAAGACUGUGGCCUGAACGCUGUAUCAGACGUGGAUAUGCAACAAUGCGUCACAAGCUUUUCUAAUGCUUGCACAAACCACGGGCUCUCCAUUAACAUAAAAAGACUGAGGUCCUAUACCAGCGAGCACAUAGAAGAUCUAAUGUUGAGCCCAACAUCCAAGUCCAUGGCGAAAGAUUUAACGUGGUCAAUAACUUUUCCUAUCUCGGUAGCAAACUUUCUCAAAGCGCAACCAUCGAUGACGAGGUUAAAAUCCAUAUUGCGAGAGCCAGUGCAACCUAUGGAAAAUUAACUAAGAACGGAUAGACCCGGAGAGGUAUCAGCACUAAACUGAAAGUAUGUCAGGGGGCUGUUCUCCCUACGCUUCUCUAUGCCUGUUGACCGUAUACCAAAGCCAUGCAAAAAUGCUGAACCACUUUCAUACAAGAAGAUUUUUUUUAAAAAUCAACAUUAAAUGGCAAUAUAGAGUCCCAGCCACUGACGUGCUCACACAGGCAGGCCUCCCCGGCAUCUUUACCAUCUUAAUGAAGUUCCAGCUUCCCCUGGAGGGACAUGUUGUGAUAAUGUCCGACGACCGUCUGCCCAAAAUAAUUUUAUAUGGUGAGUUUGAACAAGGAAAGCGGUCUGCUGGCGGGCAAAAGAAACUUUUUUUAAAGACAACCUAAAAGCCUCACUGAAAGCCUCACCGAAAGCCUCACUGAAAGCCUCACUGAAAGCCUCACUGAAAGCCUCACUGAAAGCCUCACUGAAAGCCUCAAAAUAAAAGGAGCGAGCAUCAUGGCGUUCCACGUUACACAGGAGCUCCGCGCAACAGGACGUUGGCAGAACAGCGGCUGCAGAGCGCACGAGACUUGCCAGGAAAGGCACCGCCUGAUUCUGCUCCCGGAGAUGCCCCCAUCAUUCCCCUGCACCUACUGUACAAGAAAAUUUCGUGCCAGAAUCGGCCUCAUUCGCCAUCUUCGCAACCACAGACAGAACCAGCACAAACUCUGAUGUUUAAAGUGGUCAUGGUCGACUUCCGACUGACGAAAGACAAUUCUAUGAUCAGUGAAAACUUAAAAGGAACUUAUGAAUGAAGCCUCAAAAAAUUCGGAGCUUAAGGACGUGUUGAUUUCUAGCAAGGCUUAAUAGAACUUAAACGAGAGUUGAUAUCUAGCAAGGAUUAAUAGAGCUUAAGCAAGAGUUGAUCUCUAGCAAGGAUUAAUAGAACUUAAGGAAUAGUUGAUCUCCAGCAAGGUUUAAUAGAACUUAAGCAAGAGUUAAUACUAUGCAAGUCUUAAUAGAACUUAAGCAAGAGUUGAUCUCGAGCAAGGCUUAUUAGAAAAUUCUUACAAAAGUAUGUUUGUGUGUUUUUAAUAGAGGCUUUUCUUUAAUAAUGAAUACCAAACAAAAUAAUUGCGUUAGACAUACAAUAGCAGCAAGACAACCCUAGCUCAGUGGCCGGUUUGGGACAAACACGUGAUGUCGAUUUGGUGGAUAAACAUUGACCAAGUUGUUUUUUUUUUAAACAUCAAAAAAAAAAAAAAAGAAAAGAUUUUUUUUUUUUUUUUCUUUCUUUUCUUUCUUUUUUUUUUGCUCCGGCCAUAAAAAUGUAUUUACUAUUCCUAUUCGUUUUUUUUUGUUUUUUUUUUAAGCAAAAAAAAAAAAAAAGGAAGACAUGGCGAACUACGGUACCUUUACUAUUCUGUCUGCUGUAGAAUGCGGUCUAGCGGUGCUGUUUUGGGUUGUGUCGUUCGCAACAAGGGGCUGGCUGGUCGGCAACACUCUCCAGGGAGACGUCGACAUCGGACUCUUCAAGACGAGCGUCUCCGUAGGAUCACAAGAGCUUGUCGUGGACACGAGCUCUUUUCUACCGGACGUCAGUGAGUACUUGGCAGACGUUUUUUGGGGACGUCUGCUUUCUUCAAAAAGAACCAUAAUUUAAAAAAAAAAAGACUAGUUAUGUGUGGGAAGAAAGCUAUGAUUGGGAAGAAAUUUAUGACUGAGAAAAAGUUUUGAGUAGGAAGAAAGUUAUGACUGGGAAGAAAGUUAUGAGUGAGAAGAAAGUUAUGACUGGGAAGAAAGUUAUGACUGGGAAGAAGAUUAUGAGUAGGAAGAAAGUUAUGACUGGGAAGAAAGUUAUGAGUGGGAAGAAAGUUAUGAGUGGGACGAUAGGUAUGAUGGGUAAGAAAUUUUAAGAUUGGAAAGAAAGUUAUGUGUGGGAAGAAAGCUAUGAUUGGGAAGAAAGUUAUGAUUGGGAAGAAAUUUAUGAGUGGGAGAAACUCUUGACUGAGAAAAAGUUAUGAGUGGGAAGAAAGUUAUGAUUGGGAAGAAAUUUAUGAGUGGGAAGAAACUCAUGAGUGAGAAAAAGUUAUGAGUAGGAAAAAAGUUAUGAGUGGGAAGAAAGUUAUGACUGGGAAGAGAGUUAUGAUUCGGAAGAAAGUUAUGAUUGGGAAGAUAGUUAUGAUGGAUAAGAAAUUUUAAGAUUGAAAAGAAAGUUAUGAGUGGGAAGAAAGCUAUGAUUGGGAAGAAAGUUAUGAUUGGGAAGAAAUUUAAGAGUGGGAGAAACUCUUGAUUGAGAAAAAGUUAUGAUUAGGAAGAAACUUAUGAGUGGGAAGAAAGUUAUGAGUGAGAAGAAAGUUAUGACUGGGAAGAAAGUUAUGAGUGGGAAGAAAGUUAUGAGUGGGAAGAUAGUUAUGAUGGGUAAGAAAUUUUAAGAUUGGAAAGAAAGUUAUGUGUGGGAAGAAAGCUAUGAUUGGGAAGAAAGUUAUGAUUGGGAAGAAAUUUAUGAGUGGGAGAAACUCUUGACUGAGAAAAAGUUAUGAGUGGGAAGAAAGUUAUGAUUGGGAAGAAAUUUAUGAGUGGGAAGAAACUCAUGAGUGAGAAAAAGUUAUGAGUAGGAAAAAAGUUAUGAGUGGGAAGAAAGUUAUGAGUGAGAAGAAAGUUGUGACUAGGAAGAAAGUUAUGAGUGGGAAGAAAGUUAUGAGUGGGAGAAACUCUUGACUGAGAAAAAAUUAUGAGUGGGAAGAAAGUUAUGAUUGGGAGAAAUUUAUGAGUGGGAAGAAACUCAUGAGUGAGAAAAAGUUAUCAGUAGGAAGAAAGUUAUGAGUGGGAAGAAAGUUAGGAGUGAGAAGAAAGUUAUGACUGGGAAGAGAGUUAUGAGUCGGAAGAAAGUUAUGAUUGGGAAGAUAGUUAUGAUGGGUAAGAAAUUUUAAGAUUGAAAAGAAAGUUAUGAGUGGGAAGAAAGCUAUGAUUGGGAAGAAAGUUAAGAUUGGGAAGAAAUUUAAGAGUGGGAGAAACUCUUGAUUGAGAAAAAGUUAUGAGUGGGAAGAAAUUGAUGAGUGGGAAGAAAGUUAUGAGUGAGAAGAUAGUUAUGAUGGGUAAGAAAUUUAUGAUUGGAAAGAAAGUUAUGAUUGAGAAGUAAGAUAUGAGUUGGAAUAAAGUUAUGAGUGGGAAGAAAGUUAUGAUGGGGAAGGCAUUUAUGAGUGAGAAGAAAGUUGUGAGUGAGAAGGAAGUUAUAAGUGGUAAGAAAGUUAUUAUUGGGACGGAAGUUAUAAUUGGGAAGAAUGUUAUGAUUGGGGAGAAAGUUAUGAUUGGGCAGGGAGCUAUCUGUGGAGUGGAAGUUAUCGGUGUUAAAAAAAAAAUUGUAAUGGUCAGGUACUGUUCCGAUAACCGACGCUAACCAUUGUCGGAAUUCGGAUAAUCGACGCUGAACUGUAUCUUCAUUUGCGUGUGAUGUGUUGAAGGGAUUGCUCCGUCGCUACAUGAAAACUGUCUUCCCAACAACUAGCUGACCGGCCAGCGGGCAUUUAAAUGAAAUAUUUUCGUUCACUUUUUAGUGCGAUUAAAUCGGCGACGCUGUAUUUUAAGAACUUUUGAUUUACGCAAUGAUAAUACAAUGGCGUUAGCUUUUCUGCUGCGAAGGAGGCGAAAUACCGUAGCGUCUAUUUUUGGGAUUAAUUAUUAACAUUUUAUAAAAGAUGUCUGUGUGAGUGUGUGUUAGGUGAACGCACUUUUCAGAGUUCGUCCCGGGUAACAGUCUUAUCCACUAUUUUGAAAGUAAAAAAAAAAAAAAAAGUUAAUUAAUUGUAAAAAAUAAGUAAUUGUUUUCUACCGACCCAUUUGUUAGGGUGGGAUAGAUGAUUUAUUGUGUAACUUAUUUAUGUUGUUCUUUGUUAGGCUCCGAGCUUGACGUCACGAUUGGACUCAUGGCCACCGGUGGAGCUUUUGCACUUAUCUCACUGGGUCUCCUGGUUGUGACCAUACUGAAGAAAGAGAAGAUUUUAUUUGUGGCGUUCGCUGUAACAUCGGCACUUUCCGGUAAGUCAGGUAUACGUAAAAUGUGCUGUCAAAGUCCAUAGUGGAACAUUUGACAUUUGAUACUAGAUCGGUACAGUUGUCAGUGUAGGGUGGGUGUGGUGGUCAGUGCAAGACGGGUACAGUUGUCAGUGUCAGAUGGGAAAAUUUGGAAGUCAGCGGUAGAGAAGGUCAGCUGGCAGUCAUGCUAAUGUGGUUGCAGUUAGCUGUCGUUGCGUGCGGUACAGUUGUCAACGUCAUAUGGGUACAGUUGUCAACGUCAUAUGGGUACAUUUCUCUACGUCAUAUGGGUACAGGUGUCAACGUCAUAUGAGUACAGUUGUCAACGUCAGAUCGGUACAGUUGUCAAUGUCAUAUGAGUACAGCUCUCUACGUCAUAUGGGUACAGGUGUCAACGUCAUAUGGGUACAGUUGUCAACGUCAGAUCGGUACAGUUGUCAAUGUCAUAUGGGUACAGUUGUCAACGUCACAUGAGUACAGCUCUCUACGUCAUAUGGGUACAGGUGUCAACGUCAUAUAAGUACAGUUGUCAACGUCAGAUCGGUACAGUUGUCAACGUCAAAUGGGUACAGUUGUUAACGUCGAAUGGGCACAGCCAUUGUCCUAUGGCUAUAGGUGGUAAAAUUGAGUGGUGUGUCCCUAGAUCAAACGCUCUGUGCUCAUUCAUAGAAUAGAGAGAUUAUUUUUACGUUUGGUGCGUCACGUCUUCCUUUGUUGUUGUUUUUUUUUCUGGUGAAAUAAACAUGUAGUGUUAAACGGGUUGGUCACUAGAGUAUUAACAUAUUUCACGAGCGUGGAAAGUGUGCGGUUGCAUGCACUAAAGGAGACUCUUAGAAAGUGCGCCACUUGUUUGCGGAUUUUGUCAAAUUUUCUGCCCCCACCCCCCUCCCCCCACCCCCAUUGCAUGAUGUUACAUUUUAUAAAGCAUUUACACGAAAAAAAGUCUCUUUUUUAGCGUUUGUUAAGGUAUAAAUGUAACGAAAUGUUGUUUUUUUUAAAACACUUCUUUGGUUCUGUUAAAAAAUUAUUAUUGUUAUUAUAUUUUUUUUUGCAAUUGAAAAGAAUCAUUUUGCAUUAAUUAACAUGAAUUAUUUCAAUAGCACCGUACGCCUAGUAUAGUCACACAUUCUAGUUUAAUAAUGGCUAGUUUUUUUUAAAAAAGGCGUGUGGGCCGAGGGGUUGGGGGGUGGGGGGGGACAAAUACUUUAAUUUUUUUAAAUAUAUUUUUUGAGAGCUAAAAGUUUUGCACCAUACAUCCCAAGUAGGGUCCUUUGGGAUAAGGCGCCUUCCAAUAUAGCACUUUUCCAUUUUGAAAGGAUUUUUAUUUAUACUAAGAUAUCAGAUGCGUAGCUAGAGUGUUUUGGGCCCCAAAGAGAGGGGGGGGGGGGCAAGAUUCAUUUUAAAGUACCUAUCUUUAUUUUCUUUGUCAACUCUCAAACCCAUUAUUUUCGCCAAUAAAAUAAUAUCAAAACACAUUUUGGUGCCCCUAACCACUCUGGCGCACAGGGACAUCUGUCCCCCAACCCCCGCCCCCCCAUAGCUUCGCCUCUGACUAAGAUACCAUCAGCUUGAUCAUGACGCGCGGAACAUUUUAAACAUUUCUGUUCAAGGUAUCCUGACGCUGGUCGGCGCUAUUCUAUUUAAAGUCAACUAUGACCUGGAUUCGAAUGUCGACGUGGGCUACAGCUGGUACCUGGCAGUGUUGGCCUACGUCUUCCAGUGGUCGUCCUUUGGUUCCCUGGGAGCGGCUGUCAGGAGAGGGGAGAUCGCCUUCAAUGGAGGAUUUAAUUCAAUGAGAUAAUCCUAUGACCUCUUUAAUUUGUCAUUGUGUGUGUGUAAAGGUGUGGAUGUGAAUUUGGUGUAAGGGAUGUUUGACAAUCUCGUAUGGGGCAGUCUCUUGUAAUGCUGUAUUAUCCAUUUGUGGAUUAUUGUUAAAUUUAAGUUGAUUUUGGAGUAGAAGAGAAAUGCAGAGAGAGAGAGAGAGAGAGAGAGAGAGAGAGAGAGAGUGAUAUAUAAAGAGAGAGAGAGAAAGAGAGAGAGAGAGAGAGAGAUAGAGAAGGGGCGAAAACAGAAGAAAAAGGACAGACGUAUGGUUACAUUGACAGAAUCAUCUGUGAAUGACUGCAGUAGGAUGAACUUGUCAUAAAAUUUGUGGUCGACGUUGAAGAUUUUAAAAAUAAAAAAUUAAAUACACCAUCACACAUGUGUUUCUUGACUUUGGAUUAUUUUCUAACUUCCCCAAUACGUUUUCAACGUAUAAUUGAUAAAGGAUAUUUAGGUCAAUCAAGUAAUGUUUGGCUGUUUUGUUCGUUAGAAAGUUAUUGUUACCAAAUUUUGAAAGUUAUGAAAACGGAACUGAUAAAUCAACUAAGAAUGCCAAAACUCGUGACAUGUUAAAAUUUAAUUAAUUUUUUUUUUUUACUAAUGAUGCUCAAUUACCCCCGUAUUUGUUUUCUUAUAUUUUAAAUAUUUCAUAAAAUAUAAUUGUCCUUAAUAUUCGUAUUUUUAACAGUCAUAGUACAUAAAUUGUUUUAUUUUCUGUAAUCUUGGUUUUGAAAAACUCUACUUCCGGCAAUGACAUGAAUGGCGG